UAGAUUUUUAUCUUUUUUAAUCGCGUCGUCUGCAUAUCACCAACGAGAAAACAUAUUUUUGUUCUCAGGCGCCAACGUACACUGACCUGCCAAUGACUGAUUUCGGCCUAUGGUGUUUUAUGCAGGGAAGCAACCUAUUGGAAUCUUUCAACCUAAGACUUUAAAUCUAUGCAUUCGUCUUUUGGAAUCAUUCUGCCUUUUUAAUUUAACAUCAUGAUUGGCGAGAGGAGAAAGAACUCAUUGUGCAAUCGUCUUGUUUUAAUGUUAUGUUUAGCCUGGGUGGCCGAGUCUGGAGCUGACUUAUACCCUUAUGGCACCGGCAAUGCUGAUACUGCACUCAGCAAACAGAAUGACUUUGCACUACGCGUAACAUUGGACAGAGCUUUUCCUUUCGGUGGGAAAUACCACAGCACAUUAUAUAUAGGUGACAAUGGAGUUAUUUCUUUCGAUGAAGAAGUUUCCGCAGAAUCGGAUUCAGCCAGACACAGAAUGAUACCUUAUUACUACGACGUUGACGGCGACGGAAGAAUUGAGGACCCAGAUACAAUCUUUGCAUUUUGGGCUGAUGUGGAUAUUACAGGUGACGGAGGUAACGUAUAUUACCGCGUAACAACCAGCACUACAACACUCAACCAAGCGACUGCAGACGUCCAAACUUAUUUCCGGAGCAAUGUCGACUUUAGAGCUCAAGUCGUCAUUGUGGUCACGUGGGACCAGGUCUCGUUCUUCGAUCAAACAGGUACCUCGGAUCCACGAAAUACAUUUCAGGCGGUCCUUAUUCACGACGGGCAGGAAUCUUUCGUCCUGCUUAACUAUGGAUCUAUCACUUGGGUCGUUGGGACAAGGAUGGAUGGAGAUCCCAAUACUGGUCUCUACACUUAUACACAACUUGGCAUUGCAAUCGUUGGUUUUCUAAUGGGUGACGGUACGAUUGUAAAAAACUUCGCCUACGAACAAGAUACACUGCGGUCAUUGAGUGCAGACAGCAACGUCGACGUUAACGGAGUGUAUGCCUACAAGGUUGACGGUUCUUCGGUUAUCGAUCCGGUCUGCAAAACUGGACCUGGAGCAGUGACUGGCCUUGUUUGUGGUCAAACAACCAUCGGUGAUCAAACUGAAGUCACCGUCACAGAAAUAGAUGCUCCAGCUACAGAAGUUGUCACAGAAAUAGAUGCUCCAGCUACAGAAGUUGUCACAGCUGUUCUACCUUCAGACCCCACUACGGGAACAGAUGAUCCAAUUGCAGACCCUACAGGAGCUGCUCGAACUGAACUCCCCACCACAGGAAUCACCCUGACAUGCAACGACACCCAGAUGAUUGUUGAGAUCCCCAAAAGUCUGCUGACGGGGGGUAUGGAAGGUUCAAAUGUCGGAUUCAAUGAUGACACUAAUGGCCAGCAGUGCGUAGGAGAAGAGGAUGGGCCGAUAAUCACACUCACCACCAACCUUAACGCAUGCGGAACGGUCAUGACGGAAGAUGACGAAACUGAGACGUACACCAAUCACGUCAGCAACCGCUAUGAUGAUGACAGCGGCAUUAGUCGCCAAUAUGCCGUCGAGAUUCCGCUUUCAUGCUCGUACAAUAGAAGUCAGCGCGUCGGAUCAAUGAAGUACCAGCUCACUGACUACACCAUCGACAAGACCCUCGUCGAAGAGGGUGCCUACACCUUCUCCUUCGAUAUCUACACAGAUAAUACCUACAAAAAGGUCGACGAUACUUACCCUAUCAGCAUCGGCCUCAAUAAGGACCUGUUCUUUGCUGCAUCUGUGGACUCUUUAGACGGCACCCUCGACCUUUCGAUCCAAUCCUGCAGAGCCACACCGGAUUCGAAAUACGAUUCUGAUCCCCACUUUGAAUUCAUCGCUGAAGGUUGUUCAAUUGACGAUGACAAUACUAAGAUCACCACCCUGGAAGACCAUCGCAUAGGAGUAGAGAUGAAAACUAUCCGGUUCAUCGACGAUGAGGACGAUUGGAUUUACAUCCACUGUAAUCUCCUGGUAUGCGAUGACGAGGACGAUGAUUCAGUCUGCAACAAUGACUGCGCCCUCGGUUCUUCAGAGAUCAUGGGGCGAAAGAGGCGUGACGUCAGCAGCGAACUCAAGACCAAGCGAUUCACGCGAGGACCUCUGCGCGUCGUCCGCUCUGCACAGAGGCAGGGUAGUGUCUUACGCAAUGACGUCAGCGAGAACGGCGCUUCAACGCAACAAGAGGUUACCAAUGCUUUCAACCCGUGGAUUGUUGCCAUGGCUGCUAUGGCAACCGGUUUCAUGGCAAUGGCCGCCAUGAUGGCUGUGGUCCUACGGAAAUUCAGCAAGAUCUCUGCCGCACCGGCAGGGUACAAGGAAGGCUCUGCCCGUCUCCUAGAUGAGCAAGAAGAAAUCUAAAUGGAAUUGUACAACAGUCCAAGAUAUCGAAAAUAUUAUAAACCUCCAUCGUAUUGCUAUUAGUUUUAUUUAUCAUAAUUAUAUGAAAAUGGCCAAAGAUCAACAAGAUUGUACUUUUUGAACCCGUUCAUUCAGGUUUAAUGCAGGAGUCCCUGGGUAACGUAGUCAAUGGGUUAUUUCUCUGAUGAACCAACUAACGAAAGUGGACCACGAACCCGAGCAAAACCUAUUGACUGGGGUAACGGAUACGAAUACAGAUUGUUUAACUAUAUCAGGUAUUCAGGUCUGAUCUUUUAUUUGAGUGCAUUAUCGUUAUUUGACUCGAGUCUCAAACCAGAGCAUGACUCUUCUUUUCUUUCUUUGUUUUCGUUCUUUCUUUUCCUUCUCUUUAUCGCAAGAAGGAAUAAUCCAGAGCAAAAUCUAAUUUUCUUUUAUUUGAUAUUUGCUUGCGUAAUGCAAAAUAUCGGCACGAUAAAUCUUAUUGAGACAGGAAACAAAAUAGUUUCCAUUCAUUCAAAUGAAGGAAUUAACAAAGUCAAAAUUCAAUUUUGAAUAUAAGCAAUGCAAUGAACGACAACCUUUGUAUACGUGACAUGUGGUUAAUGAUUGUAUAUCAGGUUCGCAUACAUCGAUCACAAUUGUACCUGAGGUUCUUUAGCAACUUAAAACUAAGUGUUAUUCAGUAUGAAAAGAUAUGGCAUAUCUUGUGUAAUUUCAUGGUAACACCUUAUGAAGAAGAAAAACAUCUUCAAAGUGCAAAUGGGUAACAGCCAAAAGUGGUAAUUUGGCCCUCUAGUGCCAUUCUCACACAGCCAACACAAAUGAAAUUCAAAUAAAAGUUGCUGCCUGAUGAAGAACCCAUAUGACCCAACAUUUCAGGCCACAGGACAUUUGAUUAAAUGACUUUGUGUUUCCAGGAGAGAUGCGUACAAUGUAGGUAGGAUAGUUGCACCCUUAUUGUGGCUAUACCGUUAGCAUAUAUGUCGGUUACCUUGUAACUGGUAAGAUACAUGUGUUAUGCGAUGUAUAUUAUAAUUAAAAUUCAUAUAUGACGUAGAAAUAUAUAAUACAACAGACAGCUUGGCUACUCAUAUGACUUUGAAUUUUUUGGGCUUCUAAGGAUGAUGAGAUUCAAUAGUUUUUCAUCUAUUCUUUACAAUCGACAAUAACAGUAGAUUGUUGAAAUAUGAUUAAAAUUUAACUUUUCCCGCUUA